GAUAAAGCCUUGCUUAUACCUCGUACUUGUAUUCUCGAUAUCCUCUGUUACAGGUGCUAACUGUGGACAUAGUAUGCGUUUUAUUCUCUUUUUUAAUAUCGUUCUCGUGCAAAAUAAGGGGCUAAAAAUAUCUCUAUUCCUUAUUAAACUCUCAAGAUCCCUUUUCUUAGUACAUUAGGUAUCCAAGUAUGAAGUUUCUCAGAUCGUUUCUAAUUUUAUUUUCUACGGGUUUGCAGAUAGCCUGAAAUGCCUCCUUAACAUAUCGAAACACCCACAUCUGUCAAAACGGUUGUCGAAGCUCACCAUCGGACUGGAUCGACUGUGCAGCAGCGACGCCGUGGCUAACUCGGCGCGUCGGGAUGGGGAUCCGGACCGGCCUCAUGCAAGGAGAGGAAUCAUUCCCGAGAACCUGGAAGCCCUCUCGGUAGAGCAGAACUGGCUCAUCAGCAGCGGAAGGCUGCAGCUUUUGCUCAAAGAAGUCCUGGAAAACUUACCAAACAUUGUCGAGUUCAGCUUGCGCGAUACCAAUGCGACGAGAAAGUCCGGCCGCCCGGGAGCGAUGCCGCUGCGUGUGAGCUAUGGUGUCGCCGAGGUCCGCCGCCAGACCGGUGUCGAUUUUAUCAUCGACGAGCCGCAUAUCCACUCCCAGGACCAGUUCCCCGAUAUCGUCUUCUCGGCGUCUAUGCUGGCCAUAGCGAGGAGUGGAAAGAAACUAAGGAGUAUCACGGCAGCAAUACAAAAGCCGGAUAUAGGGCUGUCCAGCUCCGCCUUUGCGAUGCCACAACAUUUUCUCGAGUCGCUCAAGCCUUGCCUGCAGAGCAUUCGGUCGCUCGACCUUUCUAUCAGUUUCACAUACGUCUCUCUUGGCAGUUUCUCCAAGGGGUCCCUCGCGUUCUUGCGGUGGCAGCCGCAUUACUUGUUUCCGUUGCUGGCCAAUACCCCGAACCUAACCUCCCUCCGGGUACGAUCGAAGGGUUAUAGUUUCAUGAAGGACGGCGUGAUAGGAUGGCUUGCGCGCUUGGCUACCUCGUCAGACGAGGGAAAAGCCGACGUGAUUCGUCUUGACAGACCUGUGCACACUACCCUCGCUAGUAUACCCCCGGUUCAAAGAUUCGAGGCUCUCCGUGAGCUACAGCUGGGAGACAUGGUCGCGCCCGCCACGUCUCUAACCGCGGUUCUGCUGUUUCUCUCCGGGUCGCUGCGGCAGCUGCAUCUAUACACUGUGGGCGUGUCGGUUCUCCGCGGAGAGCACGAACUCGAUACCGACUCUGCGAGUCCCAACGCGUGGGACUCGAUCUUCCGAGAGAUUGCCAAGUCCCUGUGUUUAGAGGAGCUGAAAGUGGCUUCUCUGGGGCACCACACCCAGAGCUGCUCGCUAAAUGGAAAUAGACAUCAGGUUGCCUUCUUGAAAUCAGACAAGGGUGAGCAGUCUGGCCCACAUCAUGGACCGCUCAGCACGUGGUCGUAUGUGGGGAGCAGAGAUUCGAUGAAGGCGUUUCUUCUGGAGAUAGCGACGAAUACGGUCAUAAUUUGCAGUACUUGCAAGCAGAGGAACUCCGGUUAUAAGAGCUUUGAAGAUACCUUAGAGUUACAAGCGUAGACAGGUUAGGCACUAGGUAAUCUAAGAAAGUAGGUUGCCCCUACAGAAUAUUCAUUCUAUGUUUUAUGUGAAAGACUCUAAAAUCUCCCGGUUGUCCCUGGAUACCUAUCUUGGCUCCACACCCGUAUAUAACAUUGCCGAUUCGCAGGAUAAUAAUAACGCUGUUCCUGCCGUACAACUCGAGAAGCGUCACGAUUCAUAUCCAAGCUCAAACCCCACGGUCAGCAAGUGAUUACACGUGGAACCACAACCGCCGUUACUAGACUCAACCUUAGUGAUAUAAUAAGUCCUGUAAAAGAGACAUGGCUUCAAGGUUGUAUGCACGCUGAGUUAUGCUUUUACCAUGAUUGUAGGCGAGUCAUGUCACUCUUUAGUAAAGCUAGAUAUCUUCAUCUGGCCCGACAUGCUGAGGCGAUGAUCACCUAUCCGAGCCAUCUCUUUGAUUGCGGUGGCUGGUGUGCAUUUUGCUCCCCUUACGUGUACAAGUAGAACAAGCGGGAUUAUGCAGAAUAUGUCUUAUCAAGAGUAUGACGAGG